AUGCCGUCACCUUCCUCUUCUCUCUCAACCGCGUCUCUCUCUACUGCUGACCAUGCUAUCUCUGUUCAUCCUAUCUCUCUCAAAUCAACAAACUCUCCUCCCUCUGCUUUUCUCAACCGCGCCACGCAACCUUCAAUCAAUGCCACAACCUCCACGAAAACCUUUCCUCAAACCCGAUCCUCACACUUUCGCCAUGGAAAUCCUAACUUCUUCAUCUCUUCCGCCAUUUCAAAAUCGUCCUCCAUUCUUUCUGAUCUUAGUGGAAGAGAUAAGUUUACUACUAGUUGUUUUGGUUUUGUGGUGUGUUUGGCGGAAACAGGAAGGGAGUACUCGGGUCUGUCUGAAGGAUCGCUGAGCAGUGAUAUGAAGAUAAUAUUAAGAAAAAUGAAUUCUCUGAAGCAAAUAACAGAUAACAAUGCAUAUCAGGUCAAGUUGAAGCUCAAAGAUAAAAUACUCAAAAUGGUGGAGUUGUAUUACCUGAAAGAAAUACCAGUUGCUUCACUUGACUUGACAGGUUUUUGGCAUCUUGCAGCAGGGUUGAUUUGGACCUUAAAGAUAGGGACAAGGCAAGAUUUUAGAGCAGCAAAUAGCAGUAGUUUGGACUUGUGUGGACAGCAAUAA